AUGUAUAGCCCCGUUGUUCGCACAAGCACCACCCAAGUGGAUAUCUGUGACGUUGGCGCAGCACGAGAAAUCCAUAAAACAAACACCAAAUUCCUGAAAUCCAAGUUCUACGAAGCAAUUAUCGCAAAGGGUAUCGAGAAUGUUUUCAACACAACGGACCCAAAAUUCCAUUCUAAUCGCCGUCGUCUACUGGCCACCCCUAUUUCCGAUUCAUCCCUAAGCAAGCAUCAGCCUUUAAUAUCAGGCCGAAUCCAGCUAGCCGUGGAUAAGAUGGCCGAGGAAAUCAAAUCUACAGGCGCGACAGACAUCUUCAAAUGGUGGUUGUUCAUGGCAACCGAUGUCAUCGGGGAGCUAAGCUUUGGCGAGUCAUUCCGGAUGCUAGAAAGGGGAGAGAAAAAUCAAUAUACUAGGGACUUAGAAAGUGUAUCAAGUCUCCAGCCCAUCAAAACUACAUUCCCCAACAUGGUCGACAUUGCCCGCCGCUUGCCAAUUCCAAUAUUUCAGAAAGCAGGCCAAACGACGAACAGAAUGAUCUCAUACGCCGUUCAAUCACUAGAUCGAUACGCAACGCACGUAGCAGAGAACCCAGAUAACCACAAGCCAUCUCUUUUCACCAAGCUUCUGGACCCGGAGAAAAGCGGACUAUCUCGACUGGAAAUCGUCCGUGAAGCUCAAGGAUACAUCGUCGCAGGAAGCGAUACCACAGCUGUAACGCUUACUUAUCUUGUUUACUCUGUCUGUCGAGAUAUCCGUGUUCGAGAUCGUCUGGUAGCUGAGUUGGCAUCUCUUCCACAACCUAUCGAGGACAGAAAUCUUCGUGAUCUACCAUACCUGAAUCAGGUUAUCAACGAGACGCUGCGACUGCAUACUGCUGUGCCGUUUGGGUUGCCGCGUGCUGUACCGGCCGAGGGGGCUACCCUUAAAGAUGAAUUUAUUCCUGGUGGAGCGACUAUAUCGACGCAGUCAUAUAGUCUUCAUCGGGAUCCUGAGAUUUUUCCUGACCCUGAAAGAUUUUAUCCUGAGCGAUGGGAGAACCCGACUAAAGACAUGAAAGAUGCUUCCAUACCGUUUGGAGGCGGAUCGCGAAUUUGCAUCGGUAUGCACCUUGCUCGUAUUGAGCUUCGAUUAGCGACGGCUCUAUUUUUUAACAGGUUCCCGAACGCAUCUAUUUCGGCGAAGGAUGGAAUGAGUGAUGAAGAUAUGAUAAUGAAGGCGUUUUUCCUAAUGGCACCUCAAGGACACCGCUGCCUAGUACAGAAUUGA